AUGAUUUGGCGACUUCCACUCUUUGCCGUGCUCUUGAUUGUGGGCCGAGUGGUUGCCGACUCGACCACCCUAGUGGCCCCGGAUUUCCAUGGCCUGACCAACGAGGCCCCGUCACCAGAUGGGCCCCGCCCCGCACGGGCUGCUGCCACGGUUGACGAGGCCACGCGCACUCGGCGUGCCGUGGGCAAUCUGGAUAAGGCAUUGGUCCAGCAGCUCUACGAACAAGAGUACUUGGGUGCCACCAACGAUUUCUUUUCCGAUGCUUCAGACUUGACCGCAUGCAGCACCGGCAUCACCACCAACCCGCUCGAGCACAUGCUCAUGGUGCUCAAGCGCGUCAACUUUUACCGCACCAUGGUGGGCCUACUGCCCGCGGGAUUGAGCCUCACCAAGUCUGCCCAGUGCCUGGAGAGCUCCCUCAUGAUGUCCGCCAACUCCAUGCUCAGCCAUUAUCCCGACGAGAGUUGGGCAUGCUACCACACCAACGGUGACGAGGCAGCCGGCCGUAGCAACCUCCAUCUGGGCGGCUUUGGCGUCAACUCGGUGGAUGGCUACAUUAGCGAUGAUGGCUCCAACAACAUGGCCGUGGGCCACCGUCGCUGGAUCCUCUACCCACCCCUCUCCGAAAUUGGGACGGGCGACGUCAAUCCCUCCGAAUCUGGAUACUACCCCGCCAACACCAUGUGGGUCAUCAACGGGGACUGGACUCGCCUCCCGACCGAGCCCGAGGCCGUGCUCUGGCCCUCGGCCGGCUACAUGCCCUACCAACUCCUUCCCAGCUCGCGUCGCUGGUCCGUCUCCAUCGACAAUGCCGACUUUGCCGACGCCACCGUCACGAUGACGGGCCCUGACGGUCCCGUCGCGGUCACGAUUGAGUACCGCAAUGGCGGCUUUGGUGACCCAGCUCUAUCCUUCCACAUUGAUGACGAGAGCGUCAUGAACCGUCCUCUGGGGGCUGAUGUGACCUAUCACGUGACCGUGUCUAACUACAAACUCGGUGGUCAAACUCGAACCUAUGAAUACGACGUCAUCAUCUUUGACACGGACGCCCCCGCUGGAGACUUUUGCUUGCAGCUGCAAGUGUCUGGGCGAAGCGGCGUCAACAGCAUCAUCAAUGGCAUUUACGACCAAGACGCUUCCCUUUUGGGCGUUUCAUAUUACAAAAAGCAAGGCAGCGACUUUUACUUGUCGCACACAACCGAUUGGUGGUUUUUCGCCACUUCACCCACAGCCUGGUCAUGGUUUGCGCGCAUGGAGUCGUCUGCGGUCCGACCCGAGGACAGUCAGGCAGCUGUGGAGGUGUACGCUGCCCCGUGGACCGAAGACCCCAACGUGCAGAUCACCUGUCUGAGCUAUCCCGAUUCCGACGAGCCGGUCGAUGACGACGAUAAGGCUGGUGAGACCGACGACGACGCAGGAGAUGACGACGACGACGAACCCACUUGCAAUGCGGGAGUCGGUAUUUAUCAUGAGCGUCGUGACUGCAAAAAACAUUGCAAGAAGCAAGAAGCCAGUCUGCCCUCCUCCAACUGGUUCAAGCGCGCCAAGAAGGGUUACUGCCUGCACGCGUGCGUCUGUUGCCCCGAGCGCAUCAAAAAGAGCGACUGCCGAGAGCGGUGCAACGGCAACUUUGAGUGGAACAAGAAGGACAAGAAGACGGGUUGCAAGAAACUCUGCACCUGCUUGUAA